AUGAGCAGUGCAACUGUAUCAGCGUCGGCGAAAACGACCACUAUUCCUAUAGACGGCAUGACUUGCCAUUCAUGUGUGAAUGCCAUCACUAAAGCCUUAUCACCACUAGUGGAUACAGUCCAUGUUGACUUGGAGAACAACAAUGCAACCAUCACUUACAAUACAGUAGCUCUGUCUCUCAGCCAUAUCAUUGAGGCGAUUGAAGAUUGCGGAUUUGAUGUGCCUUUACCAACAAAAACGCUUAUGUUAUCAGUACAAGGAAUGACUUGUCAAUCGUGUGUUAAAUCCAUCACAAAGGCGUGCUCUGCAUUGGACGGCAUUGUAUCAAUUAACGUCGAUUUACAAGCUGCCAUGGCAACAGUAACAUACCAACCCAAUCUGAUAGCACCGCAGACUGUGGUCAACACGAUUGAGGAAUGUGGAUUUGAUGUGGCUGAUACUUCCGAUGGUGGUAUGGACAACAAUAGCGAUGUACUUUUAACUCCACCUAUCAUGCAUACCAAAGUGGAUAUGAACGAGGCUGAUAAACCUCCUACCUCAGUUACUGCGCAGCUAAGGAUUGGUGGAAUGACUUGUGCUUCAUGUGUCAACAGUAUUGAGCGGGGAUUGUCGAGUGAGCAGGGCAUCAUUGCAGUACAAGUAUCAUUAUUGGCAGAAUCAGCGACCAUCACAUAUUCACCAUCCAUGAUCAGCACAGACGACAUUAUCCAGCAUGUAGAGGACAUGGGAUUUGAAGCCAGUUUAACAGCAGACGAUAUUUCAUCCAGCAAUGAUGCAUCAUCCAAAUUGCAACUGCAAAUCUACGGCAUGACAUGCGCCAGUUGUGUCAACGCCAUUGAACGAGAGAUCAAUAAACUGGACGGCGUGGAAUCCAUAGCUGUGAAUCUGAUCACAGAGAGUGGCAACAUUACAUACAACCAAGCCGUCAUUGGGCCUCGUCAAAUUGUGGAAGCCAUUGAAGAUCUCGGAUUCAAUGCACUUGUCUCUGAAAAGGCGAGAAAUGUGCAGCUGGAGAGUCUAUCCAAGGUCCGCGAAAUCAGACAGUGGCGAAAAGCAUUCUUUCAGAGCCUUGUGUUUGCAUUUCCUGUGUUUGUGAUUGCCAUGGUGUUGCCCGAGUUUGCCUGGGGUCGUGCUGUUCUCGAUACGCCUUCUCAUCUUGUUCCAGGCCUGUUCCUGUUUGAUCUGGUGCAAUGGGGUCUAUCCACACCUGUUCAGUUCAUCAUUGGAAAGCGGUUCCUGGUCUCUGCCUAUCAAUCCAUGAAACACCGUGCGCCUACCAUGGAUGUGCUUGUCGCCAUAUCCACUCUGUCCGCCUACUUUUUUUCCGUGCUGUCUAUGCUCAGAAGCGUCUUGAUGGCAUCCGAGACACGACCUUCUGUCUUUUUUGAGACCUCAGCUACUCUGAUUACAUUCAUCACGGCUGGUCGCUACCUGGAGAACAUAGCCAAAGGACAAUCUUCCUCAGCGCUGUCCAAACUCAUGUCGUUGGCGCCGUCUACAGCCAUGAUUGUGCAAUUUGCAGACACACCAGACGAAAAGAGUGUAGUUGAAUCCGAAAAGCAGAUCCCAUCUGAAUUGGUGCAGAUCAGUGAUUAUCUCAAGAUUGUGCCUGGCGAUAAGAUACCCACUGACGGUGUGUUGUUCUCGGGAGAAUCUUCCGUUGAUGAGAGCAUGAUUACUGGCGAGGUGGAUCCUGUCAACAAACGUAUCGGCGAUACCGUGAUUGGUGGCACUGUCAAUGGAUUGGGCACAUUCAUCAUGCGUGCAACGCGGGUGGGGUCUGACACGGCCCUUAGUCAGAUUGUUAGAUUGGUAGAAGAUGCGCAAGUCAACAAGGCUCCCAUUCAAGGCUUUACUGAUAGAGUUGCUGGCGUGUUUGUGCCUGUGGUGCUAUGUUUGGGUGUCUCUACUUUAGUGGUCUGGUCCAUCCUCGUGGGCUGCUUUGGCGUUGAACGUAUGCCAUCCCUGUUGCAGCAUGAAAUCAACAAGGAAGGCAACGGGGAUUGGUUCUUUGUCUGCCUCAAGCUGUGCAUCAGUGUCGUGAUUGUCGCUUGUCCCUGUGCCUUGGGUUUAGCAACACCCACGGCUAUUAUGGUGGGCACUGGUUUAGCUGCUGAACAUGGCGUCAUAUUCAAGGGUGGUGCAGUGCUGGAGAACGGACAAAAGGUGAACAAGGUCGUGUUUGACAAGACGGGUACAUUAACCACAGGCAAAGUGCAAGUUGUCCAUUAUCAAAGUUGGGAUGGCCGUGAAUCCACAAGGACCAACAUGCUUAUCAUGACCGCCAUUGCUGAAGCACGUAGUGAGCAUCUACUCGGUCGUGCCGUAGUGAAGAAGGCCAAAGAGAUCACCUCCACACCCAAGGACUCGUCACUAGACCAUCUGGGAAGCGUGUCAAAUUUCAAGAGCGAAACUGGCUAUGGUAUUGAGUGCGACUUGGAUUAUGGACAAGAGAAGCAACAUCAUAUUGUGGUUGGUAACCAAAAGUGGCUGGAAGACUAUCAUGGUAUUGCCUUGCUGGAAGAGCAGAUGGACAUUAUGGAAAAGGAGUUCUCGCAAGGACAUACGAGCAUAUUGAUUGCUGUGGAUGGCGUGCCUGUGGGUUUUAUCUCUAUCUCAGAUAUCGUCAAGCCUGAAGCCAAACUUGUCAUUUCCACACUGAGAAAGAUGGGCGUGGACACUGCUAUGGUGACAGGGGAUAAUGCGCUGACCGCUGAAUGCAUUGCCAAACACUUGGGUAUUAUUGAAGUGCAUGCAGGUGUCUCUCCCAGUGGCAAGACUCAGAUUGUCAAGGACAUGCAAGCACAAUUACGACCUGCUUCAAGCAUCUUACCUUGGCGCCAUCGUAUGCAACCUACAGUCGUAGCUAUGGUUGGUGAUGGUAUCAAUGACUCCCCUGCUCUAGUGGCCUCCAAUUUGGGCAUCGCUUUGUGUAGUGGCACUGACAUUGCCAUGGAAGCAGCUGAUGUGGUGUUGAUGCGUAACGACUUGACAGAUGUGGUUAUUGCUUUGGCUCUUUCAAGAAGCAUCUUUAGACGUAUCAAGCUGAAUCUUUUGUGGGCGUGUGUAUACAACGUCAUUGGUAUCCCCUUGGCCAUGGGCAUCUUUAUGCCUCUUGGAUUGCACCUGCAUCCCAUGAUGGCAGGCAUGGCGAUGGCAGCAAGUUCAACUAGUGUAGUCGUCAGCAGUUUGAUGCUUCGUUGGUUCUGGCAUAAACCUCAGUUAUCAGACAAGGGUGAGGAUCAAGACCUGUCUUUUGGUAAACUGGGACUCAUGUCCAAGACGACUUCUUGGUUGACGAGAUUAAGAGAGAGUAGAAGAGGCGCCUAUCAACCACUGACAACGGAAUACGAUAUGGAAAGCCUAUAA